AUGCAUUUGACUUUAUUGUGUGUUUUGUUUCUAGCGCCAUCUGUCUUGGCUGAUGGCUGGGAAGAUUUUACCAACAAUAUUGCAACAGACUUGGUCAACUAUAAGGCCCCCUUGAUUACUUUGUUCGGCGAGCGGCUCACGAAACAGUUUCUCUCCGAGUCGAUAAGCCUUAUGGACAACGUCAUUUUCGCACUUUCACCACUCGGCGUUUUAACUGCCGUUGUCUCUGUUAUACGUGUCUGCGGCGGUUCCUCCCUUCGUGCCUUUGUUGGUAGAGCACAAGAAGGCCCCGCUGAAGCCGAAAGUGAACUUCUGCCCUGUGUUUCGGAGUCCACAGCCGAACUCUUCAAUGAGGGCGGCAUCUCACGAGUCUUUGGGCAACCAAAGAUUGUGGAGAUUGUGGAAUGGGAGAAUGAGAAUGCAAAAGUCGGCGAGCAGACUACCGAGAUUGGAACGUUACGCGAGGCUUUGAAGAAGGGCGCAUGGUCCGCCAAAAAAUCAGGGCUCUCUGCUGAGGAUGUGUGCGAUCUGACUGAUCUGCCUGAGUUAGAUAUCCCCAACCUAUCUUUGAACAAGGGAAUCAAGCGAAGAAAUAAGCGUUGGUUUCACUGUGCUGCUAUACUGGGUGCCGUGAUGCAGAUAGGUGUUAUGGCUUAUGCUGCUAUUACGGUCUUCGUAUUCCCUGGAUCAUUCGAGAAAGAUGGAAAAGCCGUUCCCAGCUACGCAUUCCCAUUUUACAUUAUCGGAACGAUUUUUCUCUUCACGGGAAUGCUAUCCUGUGCGAUUAUCAUCGAGCGCUCGUCAAUGAAGUACUACUUCACGCCGAACAAGCCAAGCACGCUCUAUUGGCUGCAACCUGGGAACCAGCAUGUGGGGGACCAAGUCUUCGAUGCGUUCUUGGCAGUUAAGGAAGAGUCAACGUCUGAGGAGAUGGAGUAUAUCAAAUCGAGAAGAGUUCGAAAAUACGACAACCAAACGCCUGUGGUGUAUCUUGCCUUAUUUUUCACCAUGAUUGGAUUCAUUAUUCAAUUCAUUGGUCUUAGAGGACUCCACGCCUCGGUUAUUCUAGCUCAGUUAGGAUCGACCUUUACUAUGUCUGUUCUGCGAUCUUGUCUUCGAACGGAGAGAAUGAAGCCGGAUGAAAAUCGAUUGAAGGAUGAGCGAGAGCUUACCGCGCGCAAGCAGCAGGAACUGGAUUGCUUUGCGUUUCAUCUCGACCAUAUCGCCUCCUUCGAUCUUCUUUCCUCACCGUCCCAGGAGACAUCAUCCAGUGAAUCCUUAAGCGAACGUAUCUUCCAAACAGAUGAAUCGCUUAUCAGACAAGUGAUCCACAAGCGGACUCGAUUAGCUGAGCUUACAGCCGACUCAAACCUCGGCUUGAAGACUAGAUGGGAUAACAUGCCCAUUCGCAAGGUAGCUCACAAUCUCUCCAAUGUGAUCGAGACAAUUAUGGAUCUGAUGUCCAGUUGGGGGGUCGAAUUUGGGGAAACCUUUGAAUUUCGACUCAACUUGGAGUGUCAGUCGUCUAUCGAACCGUAUACGUGGUCCCGAAGUGCAUAUUCGAUUGAAAUCCGCAGAUGCGGAGACGCACUGAAAUGGAAAAUUAAUGAACAUGAGCUAGAAGCUAUUCUCGGUCUUUGGGUUUGGUCAUUAUCCAAGUCAGACAAAGGUUGGCGCAAACCACUCAGCCGCAUGAUUGGGCUGACUAGAGAUGAGGCGGGUAAGGAAGAGACAUACCUCCACUUUCACAAAUGGAUCUUUAGGCAGACUGAGGCAAGCAUGGUUUCUUCCAAUAUGAUCGACUCCUCACGGCGUUUUUUUGGAUUCGAACCGGACAUAUACUCGGACGAGAGGGAUAUUCUCGUGGUGAGGACAGAGAAUGAGGUGGAAAUAAUGGCCGCCCAGGACCUUUUCAUCCAUUUUCUCCAACAUGCCUUCCGUCACUUCAAUGCGCUCGGUGGAGAUACUGAUAUCCUCACUGGAUUGCAAAACCCCUUUCUGGCCCAGAACAGUCGUGUCGAGGAGAUGAUGCACUGCUUUGAGAGGAACAGUCUAGGAUCUCGAGAAGAUGCAUUGCUAUGCAUAAUGCCUAUUCUGAGACAACAAGGCCUCCUGCCAGAGCUUUCGGCGGAUACUACACACCCGAGAAGACGCAUGGAGGGCUUGAUUCAAAAGCAUGAUUGGAAAGGGGCUUUCCAGCUUGUUCGAUGGAUUUGCCAACGAUCAGAAGGAGCUGAAUUCGAGCGCUCCGUCUACGAACUCGGCUGUCUCUGUCGCCGAGCGUUGCUUAAUGCUUCAAAGGCUGCUCAGGAAGAAGGAUUUGAAAGCACAUGCAGAAUACUGGAUUCAAAUAUUGGAAAGGAUUUCUUCGAUGCGCAGAGAAUGUCGCCACAUGAAAGUUGGUCGAAGUCGCCGUGUUCCCAGCAAUGGUGGACCAAGUUCGCUCAACAGGUCGGGUGGGUCGCAUGGCACAUCUCCAUAAAUGCGACAGGCAUGAAGUGGAUGCAACCAGCUCUGGAAAGACGCGGAAUAGGGGUGAACUUGCAUCCGCAAGCUGAGAUCGGACAAUCUAUAGACGACACCCAAAUGGGCGCCAAGGCAAUGAAAGGCUGGCUCACAUUCAACCAUAUUGACUUUGACCGCGAAUAUUCCGGCCUGGAAGAUCCGAUGGGGUACAAGUGGGCCCUCACAGGUGGCCACUAUGCUCUUCUAUAUUUCACCUUGGAGAGAUGGGUCGAGAUUGGUGCGGAUUUCCCAUGCAUUAUCCAACACGCAUACGCUUUGGCAGCAAAGAACCACUGUGAUUGGGGUAUCAAAGUCCUGCUACGCCAUGACGCAAAUAUCGAUACCCUAAAUGAGAGAAACAUCUCAGCGUUGGUGGAUGUUGUCGCUAUUGAAGAUCUGGAUGCAGCUCGUAUUCUUCUUGAGAAUGGGGCCAACCCAAAUGGAGACGAGCAGUUCCCAAACUCAAGGCCGUUGAUUUUAGCGGCUCGUCAAGGGGCGACAGAUAUAGUUUGUUUACUGCUGGAUUGCGGCGCCACGCCAGAAAUCACAGACAGGUCUGGAUCAACUGCACUACAUUGGGCGAUUAGAGAGGACCGACUCGACACGGUGCGCUUUUUAUUGUCCAAAGGGGUGGAGAUUGAAAAAUCUGGAUUUGAUGGAGUUAGACCGCUCCAUACGGCCGUGGUAGGAAGACAGUUCCAAAUGACGCAGUUGCUUCUCGAGAGCCAUGCCGACAUCAACGCCCCUGACGGCCUAGGGAUGACCGCUUUGAUGCUGGCGGCAAAAUCCUCAGUUAUCGAUGUUAUUCAUCUACUGUUGGCAAGAGGUGCUGACAUUCAUUUACGAGAUCUCGGAGGGCGAAGCGCCCUGGACUGGGCAAGACAAAAUCAAUAUUAUGAUGCGGCGGCUAUCUUGGAAGGGGUACCUGGUGAAGCAGAACUAGAGCAGGUAUAA